AUGGCCAGCAAACAAACUACAAAUGCCUUGAGAAUCUCGCCUCCACUGAUAAACUCAGCCAAUCCCUGGGCAACAAGUAAAUCCGAUCUCCUCGCCCUCUACAGCUGUCCUCACACCGGUGCAGUUACGGUCAGAACUUCGCUUUUAAAUCCUUUUCUGCACAACUCACAACUACACCAAUAUACUUUCUUUGAUCCUAAAUCCAAUUCCACCAGCGCUUCAAUUUUUGAGGGCCGAAGUAACGUCAUUCCAGGCGAGACGAAUAGCCUAAACACACUCGGUUAUUCUCCCAUAUCUUUAGACUCAUACCUGGGAAUUCUUCUUGAGCUUGCGCAAGAUAAAAGCCUUCAGCAGCUUAAUUCAAAACCAUGGAUUAUUUCCGUAACUGGUUCAGCUGAAGAGGUUGGUGAAUGCUAUGAGCAUAUUUUGCGACAACAUGGAAAAGCCAAUUUGAAUCUUAUGAUGGAAAUCAAUCUUUCAUGCCCUAACAUUGUGGGAAAGCCACCUCCCGCUUAUGAUGGGGAAGCAAUGGCUUCGUACAUUAAAGUCAUAAAAAGUAUGAAAACUGGGACAACCGACAAAAUUCAUGUAGGCAUCAAAACUCCGCCGUACACGUAUUCUGAGCAAUUCAAGAACUUGAUUUCAGCGCUAGAAUCUGGAGCCUUACCUUCUGGAGACAAUGCCAUAUCAUUUAUUACCACAACCAACACUCUCGGGUCGUGUUUGAUCAUAGAUGACCUGGGCAACCCUGCACUGGGCUCUUCAAAUGGUGAAGGUAUUGGAGGAAUGGCUGGUGAUGCAUUACACCCCAUUGCAUUAGGAAAUGUCAAAACAAUCCGAAGAAUGCUAGAUGCAUCACCCUUAGAACACAUGAGGAGUAUAGAGAUAAUUGGUGUUGGAGGUGUAAAAGAUAGCGCGGGGUUUAGCAGAAUGCGCCGAGUCGGUGCGUCGAUAGUGGGGGUGGGGACUGCAUUGGGAAGAGAAGGAGUAGGUAUCUUUGACCAGAUUCUUUCCGGGGUGGCAGAAGAGCUUUGA